GAUAAAUAAUGAAAGAAAGCUGCAAGUGCCACCAUUACUCUUCUCUUGAAAUCGGAGCUCUCUUUCAACAUACAAAACAAUCCCUUCCCAUUCAUCUUCUCUUCAAAUUUCAAACCCUCUUCCAACUUUCUGGCAUUUUGCAAUCAACCAAACCUUAGUGUUUUUCUCUUGAGAAUGUAGUUAUUUUUUCUCUUGCUUCAGCAGCUUGUCUUACAACAUCUUUCCUUCUUCUAAAGUCUUUACAAUGAGAGAAGAAAACUCAUUUGAGAACAGAGCCAAAGCAUCAAAAUUUGGUGAUCAAAAUCAACCCCCAAAAUCUCUGCACACAAAGACCAUUACCAAUCAAUCCAAGCCCAAGUCUUCAUGGGGUUCACACAUUGUGAAGGGCUUCACAGGCACAGCUGACAAGAAAACCAAGGUUCAAACCAUCACCGUCCAAACCAAGAAACCUCCUGUAUCAAACACUGAUGUCCCCACUACUAACCCAUCUCUGCAUUCUCAUUCUAGAGUUAAAAGGUCCCUCAUUUCUGAUUUAUCUUGCUCUGUCAGUGCAACCCAAGUCCACCCUCAAGUCUACCCAACUCACCGGAGGCAGUCCUCUGGUUCUCGCGAUCUCUUCAUCGAAUUAGACCACGUUAGGAGCCUUCUUCAGGACUCUAAAGAAAGGGAGCUUAAGCUGCAAGCUGAGCUUGCCGAGUGGAAGACAAAUGCUAAAGUUUUGGAUCUCCAGACCCAGCUUGAAACAAGGAACAUUGAAGUAGAUAAUCUUUCACACAGAGUUGGGUUGUUGGAGUCGGAGAAGACCAGCUUAUGUGGUCAACUGGCAACUUUGACUUCCAUUUUGGAAAGGAAUGAGGAAAAUCUGGAAAUCUCAAAGGAACCGCAAUCGAUUAGGGAUCUUGAAAUGGAAGUUGUGGAGUUGAGGAGGUUGAACAAGGAGUUACAGAUGCAAAAGAGGAAUCUUGCUUGCAAGCUUUCAUCUUUGGAAUCCCAGUUAGCUUCUCUUGCCAAAGCCAAUGAGAGUGAUGUUGUUGCCAAAGUUAAAGCGGAGGCAUCAAUGUUAAGGCAUACCAAUGAAAACCUGAGUAAACAAGUGGAAGGUCUACAAAUGAGCCGGUUGAAUGAAGUUGAGGAGCUUGCAUACUUGAGGUGGGUUAAUUCUUGUUUACGAGAUGAACUACGAAAUUCAUGCUCAACAAUGAAUUCCGAUAAGGCAUUAAGUCCAGUUCAAAGCAAGGUUGACUAUGGAGGCUCACCGAAUUCCGCAAGCAGUAAGAGCUCAGAACGCAGUAGUGCAAGUAUAAAGAGAUUAAAUUUAAUUAAAAAGAUGAAGAAAUGGCCUAUCACUAGCCAGGAACCUUCCAGUGUAGAGUAUGCAGCUACUGUUGUGGACAAGGAGUGGGUGCAUAUAGAGGAGCUGAGAAGUCCUGGAAGAAGACAUUCCAUAAGUGGAUCAAAAUGUUACAUACAAGAGUUGGUACCAAAUAAGAGAAGACAAUCUGAUGGUUUUAUGUGUACCAAAGAAAUGGAGAAGGAGGCUGAGCCAGUAAGUUCUCAAAAGCCUGCUGCUUCAGCUUCCUUGGAUUUUGAGAGAAGGGCUUUGAGAAUUCCUAAUCCUCCUCCCAGGCCUUCCUGUUCGGUCCCAAGUGGACCUAAAGAGGAAAGUUGUCCACAAAUUCCACCACCACCACCACCUCCCCCUCCAAAGUUUUCAGUGAGAAGUAGCUCUGGUGUGGUGAAGCGAGCCCCGCAAGUGGUCGAGUUUUAUCAUUCUCUCAUGAAAAGGGAAUCUAGAAAGGAUUCCACAAAUGGAGGAAUAUGUGAUGUGCCCGAUGUUGCAAAUGUUCGUAGCAGCAUGAUAGGCGAAAUUGAGAAUAGAUCAUCACAUUUGCUUGCUAUAAAGGCGGAUGUUGAAACUCAAGGAGAAUUUGUGAAUUCGUUGAUAAGAGAAGUCAAUAAUGCUGUUUAUCAGAACAUUGAAGACGUUGUAGCAUUUGUGAAGUGGCUUGAUGAUGAACUUUGCUAUCUAGUUGAUGAAAGGGCAGUGUUGAAGCACUUUGCUUGGCCAGAGAAAAAAGCUGACACAUUGCGAGAAGCAGCAUUCGGAUACCAAGAUCUCAAGAAAUUGGAAUCUGAGGUGUUAUACUACAAGGAUGAUUCCAGGAUGCCUUGUGAUAUUGCCUUAAAGAAAAUGGUUGCCUUGUCUGAGAAGAUGGAACGUACUGUUUAUAACCUCCUACGUACAAGAGAGUCAUUGAUGCGCAACUGCAGGGAAUUCCAAAUUCCCACAGACUGGAUGCUUGAUAAUGGGAUUAUGAGCAAGAUUAAACUUGGAUCAGUGAAACUGGCGAAGCGGUACAUGAAACGGGUAGCCAUUGAACUGCAGGUGAAGGCAACCUUGGAGAAGGAUCCUUCAAUGGAUUAUAUGCUACUUCAAGGAGUCAGAUUUGCAUUCAGAAUACAUCAGUUUGCAGGAGGAUUUGAUUCUGAAACAAUGCAUGCAUUUGAGGAACUCCGAAACCUUGCCAACCUCCUUAACAAGAAGUAGUAGUAGUAGUAGUAGUAGUAGUAGUAGUAGUAGUAGUAAAGGGUGAUUUUUGUUUUCUUGAUGCAUGUUGAUGCUGAUCGUCGGAACACUGGUUUGCUUACCAUCUCGGUGAGGAUUUAAAGUGUGGAAAAAGAGUGUUUUGAUUUGAAUGUUGAUGGCAAAGCAGCAGCAGUAUGGGUUGUGACAGGAUUGAGGAUGUGAAGUUCGUCAGAAGAAGAAGACGAUGACGAUUGGAUGGACGAAAGGAAUAGCUGCUGCUGCUGUGCUUCAUUUUUCUUGGAUAGCGCUACAGGGAAGGAAAACGGAGCUUUGAAUUUUAAAGAAAAUCAAAGAAUGAUUACGGUUAAUUUACCAUUGCUA